AUGGAUACAACUAAAGAUGAAUUUAAUAUUCCGAAUAUUAUUAUUGAUCCACGAACACGUACACAAUAUUCUAAAGGAAAAUUUCUUGGCAAAGGUGGUUUUGCUCGAUGUUAUGAAUUAAUUGAUACAAAUACUGGUCAAACAUUUGCUGGAAAAGUUGUACCAAAAUCAAUGCUCGUUAAACCACAUCAGAAAGAGAAAAUGCAACAAGAAGUGACCAUUCAUCAAUCACUUAAUCAUAAACACAUUGUGCAGUUUUUUUCAUAUUUUGAAGAUGAAAAUAAUGUUUAUAUUAUCCUUGAACUUUGUCGACGACGAUCAUUAAUGGAAUUACAUCGUCGGCGUAAGACAGUUACUGAACCUGAAACACGUUAUUUUGUUAAACAAAUUGUUGAAGCAUGUAUUUAUUUACAUGAAAAACGUAUUAUUCAUCGAGAUCUUAAAUUGGGCAAUUUGUUUCUUAAUGAUCAAAUGGAAAUUAAAAUUGGAGAUUUUGGUUUAGCAACACGAGUUGAAAGUGAAAGUGAUCGUAAAAGAACACUUUGUGGUACUCCAAACUAUAUUGCACCUGAAGUAAUCAAUAAAAAAGGUCAUAGUUAUGAAGUUGAUGUAUGGAGUUUAGGUUGUAUUUUUUAUACACUUUUACUUGGUAAACCACCAUUUGAAACAUCAUCAUUAAAAGAUACAUAUUCAAAAAUCCGUAAAAAUGAUUAUUUAAUACCAGAAAAUCGUAUAAGUCGUGAAGUUGUUCUACUUAUUCAACGUUGUUUAAGACAUGAACCAUAUGAUCGUCCAACAAUGCAACAAAUCUAUAUGGAUACAUUUUUUACUGGUUUUACACCAGCAACAUUACCAACAUCAGUUUGUACAGUUGCACCACGUUAUUCCGUUAUGGUACCAUUAAAUCAAGCACAACAACAAACUAUAAUUAAUGCUGGUAAAACAGCAACACAAUGUGUUAUGACAGGAUCAAUACAACAACAACAACAGCAACAACAACAACGUCGUCCAUUUACUGAACAACAACAAAAUGAACAAGCAUUAAUUGCAUCACGUCAUCAACAACUUGCAACAUUACCAACACCAAUAUUAAUGACUGAACGUCCAAGUGAUGUACAUGGUGUUGGACGUCCAAUAUCAACAAAUGGACCUAAUCAAACAGAUAUUGUUUUAUCAUCACAAAUGGCACGACAAUUAACUGGUCUUGAUGGUGGUGGAUUUAUUCCAGCUGGUGCAACAAAUGAAGAAAUAAAUGAUGAUUUACAUUUAGCUAUUGAUCUUCAAAGACAAUUAGAACAUUUAAUACAACUGAAACCAAAUGAAAAACUUGAUAAACGUGAAGAUGAAGCUGAAGAUCCAGCAUCAGCACCUAUGUUAUGGAUAUCAAAAUGGGUUGAUUAUUCAGAUAAAUAUGGUUUAGGUUAUCAAUUAUGUGAUGAUUCAGUUGGAGUUUUAUUUAAUGAUUCAACACGUUUAAUAAUGACAGCUGGUGGUGCUGAAAAUCUUCAAUAUAUUGAUCGUGAAGGUUUUGAACAUUUAUGUACAAUGAAAGAUUAUUCUGAUCAAUUAAAAAAGAAAGUUACUUUACUCAAAUAUUUUACUUCAUAUAUGGAUGAACAUUUACUUAAAGCUGGUGCUGCACAUGCUCCAAGACCUGGAGAUGAACUUUCCCGACUUCCAUUUGUUAAAUCAUGGUUUCGUACACGUAAUGCUAUUGUUUUCUAUCUAUCCAAUGGAACAUUACAGAUUAACUUCUUUCAAGAUCAUACUAAAGUUAUAUUAUGUCCAUUAAUGAGUGCUGUUACAUAUAUAAAUGAACAUCGUGAAAUUCGUACAUAUCGUUUACCGGCAUUAGAACAAUGUGGUUGUUCGAAACAAUUGUUUACACGUAUAAAAUAUGCUAAAAGUAUGAUUGAUCGAAUUUUGGCUGCUAAAAGUAACCAAAAUCGACUUCAUUAA